AUCUGGGAAAAGCGUAGCAUUCAAGGCUUAACUAUCCAAUUAUUCGAUAAUAAAUAAGAGCUUGCUACAGAUAAGCUGCUUCUUUGCUUUUCAAACAUUUCAGGCCCGAUAGCAACCUCUACUUAAAAUCACAAGCUGCAUUUGUCAGAUUAGUAAGUCUAAAUUUAAAGGGUUCAGCCGUUGAGAUUUCCACAGACAGUUUCUACUAAAAGACUUAAAUUUUCCCGAAACAUUCAAUGCUCAAGUAGCCCUUGUUUGGGAAACCUUCCGUCGAAAUGGAGUCUCAACUCAUAUCAAGGAAGAGAAAUAGACCAUCUCUAGUAUGUUUGGCCUGCAAAAAAAGAAAAAUUAGAUGUGAUAAGAAACGUCCAUGUUCCUCUUGCGUACGGAGUAAUACCGUCAAGCAUUGUAUAUAUGACUCUAAUUGGUUAGCAAAGACUGAAGUGGGUAACGAUUCUCACGCCAACCCUCAUGUUGAUGACGGGGUGACCAUUUCUAAGAGUGAGCUCGAGUUGUUGAAAGAAAGAUUGAAGCAAAUUGAAGCUUCUAUUGGUGUUCCAGCAACCGAUGCUCCAGAACGUAAAAAUUCAAGUAACUCUCCCAUUCACAAUCCAAAAGAAAUCAAUACAUCUAUGUACCAAGACUUUAUUGGUGUCAACCCUUAUAGUAACCCUGAAGAAACGAUAAAUUUUUUCGAAGAUUACACCUCAAUCCAUGUUAAGGAACCUCUAAGAAGGAUAAAUUUUGGUCCUUUUGCUUGGUCUUCAUUAAUGAAACGUGACUAUGGUUUAAGAUUACUUUGGGAUUAUAUUAUUAAGCAAAAGGAGGAAAAAUCAUUUAAUAAAGGUUAUUCAGGUGCACUUGUGUUUCUGAAUAAUUCAGAUGAAAUCUCCCAAGAAACUGCCAAUGCCAUAGUGAAGGGAGGUAACUCUGAUGGCUUACCAGAAGCAGUGUUUGAAAAAAGAGCUUUACAAACUGAUGGUUAUGACGAAAUGGUUCCCUAUAAUAAUAUUUUAAAGGCAAGGGCUGAACGUAAUGUACAAAAACUGAAAUUAAAUGCUAAUGGUUUACCUCUUGGUUUAACUUUUUAUGAUGGUCAAAUUGAUCGGGAAUUACAAUUAAUUGAUAAGAUCCAAGUUAUCUUACCAAAAAAGAAAGUUAUUUGGAAACUAAUCAAACGUUACUUUGCCUGGUUAUACCAAUUUAUGCCAUUUUUAGAUGAAUUUUCUUUCUACAAAGAUGUUGCCAAUAUAAUUGGGCCGGAGUCUUAUGAAGAUGAGAAAGUUGAUAAAUUAACCGUGGAGAAAAAAUUAGAUUUAGCUACAAUUGGUCUUUUACUAAUCAUUUGUCGAUUAUCUUAUCUUUCAUUAUUUUGUAAUAAAAAUUCUGUUAAUGAGGAGAAUUUAAACUCAACUGCUCAAUCACCAAAAGCUCAAGAACUAAAAUAUUUAUUAUCCAAUCCAAUCAAUAUAAAUACCAUUGAUGUUGCACAACUUUGUCUUGAUCAAUUCCAAUUGUUACGUAAAACAAAUUUCACUGUUUUACAACUUGCUUUCUACAUGAGGCUUUAUCAUACUUAUGCUCCUGAAGACGGUGAUGGUGCUGAUGGAGGUGAUAGUCAAGUUCUUGGUGCAAUGUUGAUCCAAAUGGCAUUUUCUUUGGGACUUAAUAGAGAGCCUGAUAAAUUUCCAGAUGUAUGCAACGAUCCUAAAUUGAAUCAUUUAGGUCGUAAAAUUUGGUACUUUUUAGUAACUAGUGAUGUUUAUUUAUCUUAUACUUUUGGGAAUCCAAUGUCAAUUGAUAAAAUGCAUUACGAUACAAAAGUUCCUUUCCACGAACCAGGGAAUGAAACAAUUAGAGAUCCAGAAUUGGAUAAAUAUAUCACAGACGCAUAUUUCUCUGGUAAAGACAUUAUGUACAAGUUGAAACCAGUAUUAACUUUAGUGUUGAAUGUCGAAGGUAAAAUAAAGAUGAAAGAAUUAACUGAAUUAGUAUCCGAUGUCGAAGUAUACGUGGGAAAAACUUUUGGUACAUUGAAAGAUUGUUUAUCACCAUUGAAAACUGAAGAAAAACAAUAUAUUUUCACCCGAAACUAUUUGACUAAGUUUUAUUUAUCGAUUAAUUCAUUUUUCAUCUCGUUAUUUUUCCAUUUUUAUUUAUAUUAUGAAUCAAAGGAUGUAUCAUUAUCAUUUUUUUAUUUGAAAAAAGCACUCUUAAUCUCGACUGCAGAUAUAAUGCCAUAUUAUAGUGAUUUAUUAGGUAAUAGUGAAGUUAUCUGUGAUAUGAUUAUUAAUCCAAUGUUAGAACAAGUUAUUCAUAAAUCAAAUCAGACAAAUUUAGCAUCAAUUGUUAAGAUUAACUUUAUGAUAUUUGAUAUGAAGAGACAAACGAGUCAUGAUGAAAGAUUAAAUAAUGAUAAGAACUAUAAGAAUUAUUUCAAAUCAUUAUGUCGGUUUUCAUCAUGCUUAACUAGAUGUGCUGAAGUUUCAAUAUCGGCAAUUUCGAAAAUUAGUAAUCGAUAUUAUUAUGCUUGGAGAAUUACUAAAGGACACACAUUUCUAUUGAAGACCAUUACUUCCACAAAAUUUUAUCAAGAUAUCCACCCAUUGGCAGAAAAUCUUUGUAAACCACAAUAUUCAAUUCAACAAUUAGAGGAAUUAAUUCAAAUUUGUGAAACAACAUUGUCUAAAUAUGGUAAAUCGCAUUGUACUGUUGAUUCAUUUUAUAAAACUAUGGGAAUUAAGACAUCACCAAACAAGGUAAAUAGUGAAAGUACCUUCCCAAGUACGAUCAAUCUGGAGGAUUAUCUUAAUAAUAGCAAUCAACCAUCGAACCUUAAAACUGGCAAUGAUGAUAAUAUCGAUAGUAAUUUUGGAUUUGACUUUGUUGAUAAUGCAAGUAUAGAUAGAUUAUGGCUUAAUUUGAUCAGUGUUAAACAUGACAAACAAAUAUUUGAAGAUGAAAAUAACGGAGGCGACCUUAGUGGGUUGACGCCAGGGUAUGAAGAUAAUUCAUCCCGAGUGCAAGUGAAUCAAGUGCCAACGCCAGGUAAAUUUUUCACCCCAGGAGGAGGCAUAGGAGAAACUGGAUUAGGAAUGGCCGGUAGCCCUGCAGGAAUUGAUAGGUUUAGGUUAGAUAUGGAGCUGGAAUCCAAGUUUGAUAUUUUCAGCGACUUACCAUUUGACAAGAUGUUCAAUUUCGGGAACUAGUUAUAUAGUAAUUGUAAAUAUAUUUUAAUGAAUUAUUCUAAAUCGAGAG